AUGAACUCUACCAUGACAUCUAUCUCCUUCCAAUCUCCCUGUUUCAAGCUACAACCAGGUCCUCAACAGCGCCUGCAGUUCCGACAGCCGGAGAUAAGCGGCACUCGCCAAAGGAAACCAGGAUUUCCCCUAAAGCCUACACACGCAGCAGCACUACGACCAAAUGCAACUGGUGGACUCAACAAAGGUAACCGCAGAGGUACUUCUUCACCCCUGUCAGAUGUCAUUCAGGAGUUCUAUUCCUGCCUCAAUGAAAAGGACAGCAAACGGCUCCAUAAGUUGAUUGCCCCUGAUUGCGUCAUCGAGGACACCGCAUAUUAUAAGCCACUGGACAGCAAGUGUACCAGUACCUACUUCAAAAGACUGGUGGAAACCAUGGGAGAGAACGUCAAAUUUGCCAUUGAUGAGGUUUGUCAAGGUGCAGAGAGCACCGUUGCAGUAAUGUGGCACCUUGGUAAGAUCCUCCAUCGUGAAUUCAAAUUGCAAAGUAAUCGGAAAGUCUGGUUGUAUAUCAUCAUAUUGCUUGUUGCAGAAUGGAAUGGUAACAUCAUCCCCUUUACCAAGGGCUGCAGCUUCUGCAUAUGUUCAGGAAAUGGAGAAGCGAUUCUUAUUAGGAAAGUUCAUAUCUUCAAUGAGUCACCACUCAAACCAGGAAAGUGGGCAUUGGAAAUACUUAACAUUGUCACCCACUUACUCGACAUGUUCCCAAAAAUAGCUGAAGGUUUCCUCAAAGAUCCAGAAGCAGUAGUUAAGCCUUUUGUGAAGCUUUACAAGUUUUAUGUGGAGCCUUUUAUCCUCCCUUUUCUUGCAUAUUAUACCCACUUCUGGACAUAUGUGGGUAAAGCAUUGACUACGGUGCUCCAUAUUGUCUAUAACAUAUCCAAACGGCUCAUGUAACGAGCUAAGAUAGCUGAGAAUUCCUUAUUCAGAAAAUUAAAUUUGCAAAUCAUUUUAUCAGUAUAUUACCAGUAACAUCAGGAACAA